UAGAGAAGGGAGGUAAGGAAAGAGCAGCUUGAGAGCUCCCUCAGUUGUGGCUCAACCUGCGAUGUGAAGAUGAUGCUGGCCAGUGUGGUGUUGGAGCUGCUGCUGUUGUCUUGUGUCGUCAACGCCCAGGAUGGACCUGCUGCUGUGGUCCGCAUCCUGCCUGGCAAUGAACCUGCCAUUGGACUUCUCGCACUCUCUCCAUCCCCAGGAGGAGUCACUAUCUCAGGGACGAUCUUGGGGAUGAGGCCAGGGGUUCACGGGUUCCACGUCCACGAGCGAGGUGACCUGACCGACAAGUGUGCGGCCGCCGGGGGACACUUCAACCCCUUCAAUAGAAACCACGGCGGUCCAGGGUACUUCGAGCGCCACGUGGGAGAUUUGGGCAACAUUGUGGCAGACCAGUUCGGUUCAGCACAGGUCUUCAUUACAGACAAUCACCUCUCUCUUGACCCCACCUCUCCAGCUUUCAUCGGUGACCGGGCCAUCGUCAUCCACGCCGGGGCCGACGACCUGGGACAGGGCGGCAACGCUGGCAGCCUCAUAACCGGCAAUGCGGGGAGUCGCGCAGCCUGUGGAAUCAUUCGUUUGACCUAUCCGUCUUCACAGCUAGUGCAGCAACAACCAGUCUACCCCCAGUUACAACCGACAAAUAUUAAAGCUCCAGCAUUACCACAGUCUGCACAUCAGAUCAGAUUCCCCUCAGACUCGGAGUAGAAUGAGACGCUGUGACCCUGAUGUGUAAGCUUGUCAUCUGCCUUCCAACAGACCAACUAAAACCCACACGCUCUGUAACUCCAACUCGUUUAUCGAGUACAGGAAUCAGGGUUUUCAAACACCUGGACAGUGUCAAAUGGGGAUCACCCAAACAGUCAGAUGUUCUCAAACAGGGGUUUGAGAACCCCCAGGGGUAUGCAGGAGUGUUUCCAGGGGGUACAUUGAGGGCUGGCGAAAAUCAAUUUAGAAUAUACUAAUUUCACCAGAUUUAAUUCAUGAGGUUAUAGAAAUUUAAUGCUAUAUUUACAAUAUGAAAAUUUGCUUCUCUCCAAGCACCACAUACGUUUUAACAUUCACAUACAAAUAAUUUCACCGCACAAGUUUUUAUAUUCAAAUAACCAACAAUAGGUAACUUGAGAGAGAGAGAGAGAGAGAACGACGGAUAGAUGAGGGUCUACAUCAGAUUUACAAAAUCCAGUGUAGUACCAUUCUAUAUUCAGCAGUAAUAACGGUACGGGUCGAUGGUGAGAAAAAGUUUGAGAACCCCUGAUUCUUGAAGAUUAGCUCCCAGGCUUAUUUCACCUGAUUAUUAACCAUCUUAACGCUACCUGGGGGGUUAGGUUAUGGUAGCGUUAGGGAGGUUAAUCUUAAGGUGAAAUAAGCUGGAGUCUAAGCUUUAGGUGACCCCCGGUUGGUAAACUGGAAAGGUAUUGAGAAAAUCUGACCAAAGAAGAGGAGAACCGGGGGGACAGGCCAAUAUUCACGAUUCACGGUCUUAGUGUUACGCCCACGUAAGCACACAUUGAGUGGAUAGGUGGGAACCAUUGAUCUUAAAAUCAGAAAUGACUGCGGGUAUAAAGUGCAAGUAAUCAUAGUCACUUUCAUUUGGUGGAAGCAUAUCUUAAGGUGGGUGUCUUAGCCUAAAUAAGCAAAGCAGUGUACACGAUCAAUAAGUAUCUGCACAUUUCGCGUGAAACAAUCUGACACCACAGACGAUGGAUAUUGCAAAAUACCACAUAUCGCUUGCUAGCGAUAUUUUCUGUUUUAUCCUUAGUAAGAACUGUUAUUGUAUGCACAUUCCAAAGAGAAUAGAUUAACCUUGCGAACAAUGUGUAACGUGGUUCAUGUUGGUGGUUGGGUUGCGGUAUAGGUGUAUUGAUCAUUUAGGAAAUCAUCAGACCCAAUGUGCACAGAUACUUUUUUGAUCGUGUAUGCACCAUCACUCACCGCCCCACUUACCAUUAAAGAUGUAAUUUUAUCAACGACAAUCUUGACGGUAUUCAUUAUCAAAAUAGUACAGUAUACAUCUCUUAUCACUGUUUUGCUCUACGCGAACACAUACUCUGGAUAUGUUUAUAUUUGAAUUAAAAUGAAUAACAAGUUUAGAAAUAAAAUUUAUUUUGAAACAUU